GAGGCCCCUGUAUCCAUGAGUCAGAUACCUUCUUCCUCUGUGGAUCCUCCAAGACAUACCAAUUAAACUGUAGGAGGGGAAAAAGUGAACCGUCACCAUGAGUACGGACGCGGAGAUGCAAAUCUACGGCAAGGCAGCCUUGUACCUUCGUAAACCCGAGAGGGAGAGGAUGGAGGCACAAGCCACACCCUUUGAUUCAAAGAACGCCUGCUAUGUGACAGACGUCAAGGAGCUGUACCUUAAGGGUUUGAUCACUGGCAGGACAGAGGGAAAGUGUACUGUCAAAGUCACAAAUGCUGACGGCACUACAAUGGACAAAGAGUUCAAAGAAGCAGACAUCUACCAGAUGAACCCUCCUAAGUACGACAAGAUUGAGGACAUGGCCAUGAUGACCUACCUGAAUGAAGCCUCUGUGUUGUAUAACCUCAAAGAGCGUUAUGCAGCAUGGAUGAUCUAUACCUACUCUGGGCUCUUCUGUGCCACGGUGAACCCCUACAAGUGGCUCCCCGUGUACGACGAAGUGGUUGUCAACGCCUACAGAGGGAAGAAGAGGAUGGAGGCUCCACCCCAUAUCUUCUCCGUCUCUGACAAUGCCUUCCAGUUCAUGAUGAUUGAUAAGGAGAACCAGUCCGUCCUGAUUACUGGAGAAUCCGGUGCAGGAAAGACUGUCAACACCAAGCGUGUCAUCCAGUACUUCGCCACCAUUGCAGUUUCUGGUGUCAAGAAGGAAGUAGACCCCAGCAAAAUGAAGGGGUCUCUUGAGGAUCAGAUCAUUGCGGCUAACCCUCUGCUGGAGUCUUAUGGUAAUGCCAAGACAGUGAGGAACGACAACUCGUCUCGCUUUGGUAAAUUCAUCAGGAUUCACUUCCAAGGAGGAAAACUGGCUAAAGCUGACAUUGAGACCUACCUGCUAGAGAAGUCCAGAGUGGCCUUCCAGCUGCCCGCUGAGAGAGGCUACCAUAUCUUCUACCAGAUGAUGACCAACCACAAACCUGAGCUAGUUGAAAUGACUCUCAUCACCACCAACCCUUACGACUUCCCCAUGAUCAGCCAGGGUCAGAUCAGUGUGGCCAGCAUUGACGACAAGGUCGAGCUGGAUGCCACCGAUGAUGCAAUUACAAUCCUGGGCUUCUCUAACGAUGAGAAAAUGGCCAUCUACAAGCUGACAGGAGCUGUAAUGCACCAUGGCAACUUGAAAUUCAAGCAGAAGCAGCGUGAGGAGCAGGCCGAGUCAGAUGGAACCGAGGGUGGGGCAGCGGGAUACAGAGCAGCCAACAGUUUGACUGAGGACUUCCCAAAUCAAAGCAUUUGUUUAUUCCUCGAGAUAUUGGACGAGAUGUUGGACACCAAGAAUCCAAGGCAGUUCUAUAUCGGUGUGCUCGAUAUUGCCGGAUUUGAGAUCUUUGAUUACAACAGCAUGGAGCAGCUGUGCAUCAACUUCACCAAUGAGAAACUGCAACAGUUUUUCAACCACACCAUGUUCGUCUUGGAACAAGAGGAGUACAAGAAGGAGGGAAUCGUCUGGGCCUUCAUUGACUUCGGCAUGGACUUGGCUGCCUGCAUUGAGCUUAUUGAGAAGCCAUUGGGCAUCUUCUCCAUCCUUGAAGAGGAGUGCAUGUUCCCCAAGGCUUCAGACACUACCUUCAAGAACAAGCUGAACGACCAACAUCUUGGCAAAACCAAGGCAUAUGAGAAGCCCAAGCCUGCCAAAGGCAAGGCAGAGGCCCACUUCUCCCUGGUGCACUAUGCCGGCACUGUGGACUACAACAUCACUGGCUGGCUGGAGAAGAACAAGGACCCCCUGAACGACUCAGUUAUUCAGAUGUACGGGAAGUCCUCAGUCAAACUGUUGGCUGCUCUGUAUCCCGCUGCCCCACCUGAGGAUACGACCAAGAAAGGAGGCAAGAAGAAGGGUGGUUCCAUGCAGACUGUGUCGUCCCAGUUCAGGGAGAACUUACAAAAGCUGAUGACCAACUUGAGGAGCACUCAUCCUCACUUUGUGCGCUGCCUGAUCCCCAACGAGUCAAAGACUCCAGGUCUGAUGGAGAACUUCCUGGUCAUCCACCAGCUCAGGUGUAAUGGUGUUCUGGAGGGGAUCAGGAUCUGCAGGAAGGGCUUCCCCAGUAGAAUCAUCUAUGCUGACUUCAAGCAGAGGUACAAAGUACUGAAUGCCAGUGUCAUCCCAGAGGGCCAGUUCAUGGACAACAAGAAGGCUUCUGAGAAGCUGCUUGGGUCCAUUGAUAUAAAUCACGACGAUUACAAGUUUGGACACACCAAGGUGUUCUUCAAAGCCGGUCUGCUGGGUGUCUUGGAGGAGAUGAGAGAUGAGAAGCUGGCUGUUCUGGUCGGCAUGGUCCAGGCUCUCAGCCGUGGAUUCCUCAUGAGAAAAGAGUUCACCAAGAUGAUGGAGAGGAGAGAUGCCAUCUUCACCGUCCAGUACAACAUCCGUUCAUUCAUGAAUGUGAAAACCUGGCCAUGGAUGAAGGUGUACUUCAAGAUCAAGCCUCUGCUGAAGAGCGCUGAGACGGAGAAGGAGCUGGCCAACAUGAAGGAGAACUUUGACAAGAUGAAAACAGACCUGGCCAAGGCUCUGGCCAAGAAGAAGGAGUUGGAGGAGAAGAUGGUGUCCAUUCUGCAAGAGAAGAACGACCUGGCACUCCAAGUUGCAUCUGAAUCAGAGAAUCUGAACGAUGCUGAGGAAAGGUGUGAGGGACUCAUCAAGAGCAAGAUCCAGCUGGAGGCCAAACUCAAAGAAACGACAGAGAGGCUGGAGGAUGAGGAGGAGAUGAAUGCUGAGUUGACUGCCAAGAAGAGGAAGCUGGAGGAUGAGUGCUCGGAGCUGAAGAAGGACAUUGAUGACCUGGAGCUCACCCUGGCCAAAGUGGAGAAGGAGAAGCACGCCACUGAAAACAAGGUUAAAAACCUGACAGAGGAGAUGGCAUCUAUGGAUGAGAGUGUUGUCAAGCUGACCAAGGAGAAGAAAGCCCUCCAAGAGGCCCACCAGCAGACACUGGACGACCUGCAGGCAGAGGAGGACAAAGUCAACACUCUGACCAAGGCCAAGACCAAGCUGGAACAGCAAGUGGACGACCUUGAGGGUUCUCUGGAGCAAGAGAAGAAGCUCCGUAUGGACCUUGAGAGAGCAAAGAGAAAGCUGGAGGGAGAUCUGAAACUGGCCCAGGAGUCCAUAAUGGACCUGGAGAAUGACAAGCAGCAGUCUGAUGAGAAAAUCAAGAAGAAGGAGUUUGAGACAUCCCAGCUCCUCAGUAAAAUAGAGGAUGAACAGUGUCUGGGAGCUCAGCUGCAGAAGAAGAUCAAGGAACUCCAGGCCCGUAUUGAGGAGCUGGAGGAGGAAAUUGAAGCUGAGCGUGCUGCCAGGGCUAAGGUUGAGAAGCAGAGAGCCGAUCUCUCCAGGGAACUUGAGGAGAUCAGCGAGAGGCUGGAGGAGGCUGGAGGCGCCACUGCUGUUCAGAUUGAGAUGAACAAGAAGCGUGAGGCAGAGUUCCAGAAGCUGCGUCGUGAUCUUGAAGAGUCCACCCUGCAGCAUGAGUCCACAGCCGCCGCUCUGCGCAAGAAGCAGGCCGACAGUGUGGCUGAGCUCGGGGAGCAGAUCGACAACCUGCAGCGCGUCAAGCAGAAGCUGGAGAAGGAGAAGAGCGAGUACAAGAUGGAGAUUGAUGACCUCUCCAGCAACAUGGAGUCCGUCGCCAAGGCUAAGGGCAAUCUGGAGAAGAUGUGCCGUACUCUUGAGGACCAGCUGAGCGAGAUCAAGACUAAGAAUGAUGAGAAUGUUCGCCAGAUCAACGACAUCAGUGGACAGAGGGCCAGACUCCUGACAGAAAAUGGUGAGUUUGGCCGCCAGCUGGAGGAGAAGGAAUCCCUGGUGUCUCAGCUGACCAGAGGCAAACAGGCCUUCACCCAGCAGGUAGAGGAGCUGAAGAGGCAGAUUGAAGAGGAGGUCAAGGCUAAAAACGCACUGGCCCACGGUGUCCAGUCUGCCCGCCAUGACUGUGACCUCCUGAGGGAGCAGUUUGAGGAGGAGCAGGAGGCCAAGGCAGAGCUGCAACGCGGCAUGUCCAAGGCCAACAGUGAGGUGGCUCAGUGGAGGACUAAGUAUGAAACUGAUGCCAUCCAGCGCACAGAGGAGCUGGAGGAGUCAAAGAAGAAGCUGGCCCAGCGUCUGCAGGAGGCUGAGGAGACCAUUGAGGCGACCAACUCCAAGUGUGCCUCCCUGGAGAAGACCAAGCAGAGGCUGCAGGGAGAGGUGGAGGACCUCAUGAUUGACGUUGAGAGAGCAAACGCCAUGGCCGCCAACCUAGACAAGAAGCAGAGGAACUUUGACAAGGUUCUGGCAGAGUGGAAGCAGAAGUAUGAGGAGGGCCAGGCUGAGCUGGAAGGAGCUCAGAAGGAGGUUCGCUCAAUGAGCACUGAACUCUUCAAAAUGAAGAACUCCUACGAGGAGGCUCUGGAUCAUCUGGAGACUCUGAAGAGAGAGAACAAGAACCUGCAACAGGAGAUCGGUGACCUAACUGAGCAGAUCGGAGAGACUGGCAAGAGCAUCCAUGAGCUGGAGAAGGCCAAGAAGACUGUGGAGACAGAGAAGUCUGAAAUCCAGACCGCUCUGGAGGAGGCUGAGGGAACACUGGAGCACGAGGAAUCCAAGAUUCUGCGUGUGCAGCUGGAGCUGAACCAGAUCAAGGGUGAGGUGGACAGGAAGCUGGCUGAGAAGGACGAGGAGAUGGAGCAGAUCAAGAGGAACAGCCAGAGGAUGGUUGACUCCAUGCAGAGCACCCUGGACUCUGAGGUGAGGAGCAGGAAUGAUGCCCUGAGGGUGAAGAAGAAGAUGGAGGGAGACCUGAACGAGAUGGAGGUUCAGCUGAGCCACUCCAACAGGCAGGCCGCUGAGGCCCAGAAACAGCUGAGGAACGUCCAGGGACAGCUCAAGGAUGCCCAGUUGCACCUUGAUGACGCCGUCCGUGCCGCAGAUGAUAUGAAGGAGCAGGCAGCCAUGGUGGAGCGCAGGAACGGUCUGAUGGUGGCUGAAAUCGAGGAGCUGAGAGUUGCUCUGGAGCAGACAGAGAGAGGCCGCAAAGUGGCUGAGACUGAACUGGUGGACGCCAGCGAGCGUGUUGGACUGCUGCACUCCCAGAACACCAGCCUUCUGAACUCCAAGAAGAAGCUGGAGUCUGACCUGGUGCAGGUGCAGGGAGAGGUGGAAGACAUCGUCCAGGAGGCCAGGAAUGCAGAGGAGAAGGCCAAGAAGGCCAUCACUGACGCGGCCAUGAUGGCUGAGGAGCUGAAGAAGGAGCAGGACACCAGCUCUCACCUGGAGAGGAUGAAGAAGAACCUGGAGGUCACAGUCAAGGACCUGCAGCACCGUCUGGAUGAGGCUGAGAAUCUGGCCAUGAAGGGAGGCAAGAAGCAGCUCCAGAAACUGGAGUCCAGGGUUCGUGAGCUCGAGACGGAUGUGGAGGCUGAGCAGAGAAGAAGUGUAGAUGCGGUCAAGGGAGUCCGCAAGUAUGAGCGCAAAGUCAAGGAGCUCACCUACCAGACUGAGGAGGAUAAGAAGAACGUUGCCAGACUUCAGGACCUGGUAGAUAAGCUGCAGAUGAAAGUCAAGGCCUACAAGAGGCAGGCUGAAGAAGCGGAGGAACAAGCCAACGGCCACAUGUCUAAGUUCAGGAAGGUUCAGCAUGAGCUGGAGGAGGCUGAGGAGCGUGCUGACAUCGCUGAGUCUCAAGUCAACAAGCUCAGAGCCAAGACCCGCGACACUGGAAAGGGCAAAGAAGUUGCUGAAUAAACAAGACCAAAGUCUUCCAUCAUUUUCCUGGAUUGCAUAAAAUAUGAUUUUCAUGGUGAAAUGUUUAACUUGGAUUAAA